AUCACAAAUGAGCUUUUUGAUUGGCAAUCCUCGCUCGUCGUAGCACAAAUUGAAGCAGACGUCGGCCAUCAUACCCCCAAGAGAACUUGAACAUGCCGGGUUUGACUGGUCGACUCCGAGUUGUUGGUUGGCAACGGGGAUGCGCAAUCUCAGGGGGUUGAGCUCGAGGUUCGAGUGUGGUGAGGGUGAGUGCAAGACAAACGGAGACAGCGAGAGAAGCGAAGCGCCCCUGCAAGAGCUUCAAUCUGGAAGUGCCCACUGCCCACUGAGUAGUGGAUGACAGGCCACAGCUGGAGAUGAGGUGGGACCUGUAUCCAAAUUGAGGGCCAGAUGCAAAAAGAGGCUCUGCUCUUGGCUGCUCUUGUUUCUGCCCUACUAUUCUUUCGUCUCCUGCCUUCUUUGCUCUCUCCUUCAACCACUGCAUCGCCUAUCAAAAGCCUCAUAUCCUCUCCUUUGCGCCCCCUCUUUUCUCCUCCUCUAGCCAACCAAGCGCUGGUGUUUUUUCUUUCUAUUCUUCACUUCUUGAAUCAAUCAAUCCUUUCCAUUUUUUUCUGUUUCUUUUCAUGCAAUCCUUCCUCCAUUAUUCAACAACAAGAACCCACCGUUCUAGCUUUCCAGGUCUCCCAUUGUAACCCUACUCUAUUUGCAACAACCGCAACCUGCGCAGGAACCAGAUUCUCUAUUUUCAUCUUACACACCAACAGUUGCCAGGCGACCCAUCCCAUUUUUUUCUUGAGACGAACUAUCAUUUGACAUUGGCAUUGGCCAUCGUCAUCGUUAACAACGGAAAACUUGAUCCGCGCUCGGCCAUCAACAACUAGCGGUUCCAGUCGCAAACGCGAAGGCGCGGAACAUUGUUCUUCAAUUAUCAUCGAGCGAGUCGAUAUCAGCGCGUUUAAAACCACAAACGUUUGAACCACCUCAACAUUAUCGCGAGUCCGAAUUGUGGGGAUUUGGGGACAGUUUGAAGAAGCUCUGGGUAGCCAUCCUGGUAGCAUUCUGAUAUCGAUUUUUAUCGACAACUUUCCAGGCGAAUUUAUUUUCUUUUUCCCGGAGAACCCUCAUAAACACCAAAAUGCGCCGGAGUAAUUUAUUGAUGGGGAUGGUGGUGCUUCCAUCAGCCAACGCACUUUCACUCGCCAACUUUCAGCAAAUAACGUCAAGUGUAAUACCUGUGACCUGUAUGGUAGCGUACAAUGGGUAUGCUAUGAGACUUGUAUUUUCUAACCUACGUAGCUAACUGAGAUCUAGUCAAAUACCAGUAUGCACAACCAACGAUUUUAAUGUAGCAUGUACAGCAGCUUGUCAAACAUCUCUGCUUUUAACGGGAACCACCGUGAGAACCGCUUGUUCGCAAGGCUCAGCGGGUUCAACCACGUUGCUGGGAAUAGUGAUGAACGGGGGGAUAAUUCAAGCGUUGUGUCCCAAAGUUACAGGAAAUACACCAGUAGCACCGUCUAAACCACCUCCGGCUCCCACAUCCAUACCUUUACUAUCUACACGGCCGGCACCUCUUGCGAGUAGCUCAACAAGCACGAGCGUUAUACCAACCCUUCCAAUUGCAAAUCCACUUUUAGAUCCCACCACUAAACAAAUUAUCCCCCAAAGAACAUCUACCGCGAAUCCACCACCACCGCCAGCAACACCAACAGCAGCGCCACCACCACCACCACCUCCUGUAUUCGUACCCCCAGUUAAUACCCAACCAUCGGCGGUACCAACUCCAUCCCGUAAUCCAACCCCUCCGCAAAUCCCAGCUUCAAAUACAUUACGUCCAUCCGUCUCUUCUCCAACAGGAGGAACGGGAGGAACCGUAGAUACAUCAACACCACCGCAAGGGACACCAGUUCGACCGCCACAGGGACAAACCACCGGUCCAGGCGCUCGAAGCACCGAACCGCCAGCCGCAAGUGGGCAUCGGGGAUCGCAAGACACCGGCGGUGGAAGUCCCUUUGAUUCGCAGCGAAGUCAAGGAAACAGUCUUGACGGGAGCUCGGCGUUAUGUGCGUUGGUGGUUGCGGUAUGGACGACUAUCGUGUUUGGACGAUUAUAGGCCAAAUUUCUUUUGUGCUGGGAUUGGAGAAGACAGACUACUUUUCUUUUCAUGAAAGGGUAAUUGAUAUUACACCUGUAAUGUUUUUAUUGUACUUGUAAGUACUAAAGGAUUUGAGGAUGAAGAAUCGGGAAGAUGAGAUAGAAAGAAAGAGCAAAAGAAAGAAAGAGAGAAAGGAUGAUUAGGAUCAUCGAAUGUAGAUGGACAAUGGGGAAGCAAUGGCCUGAACAUAUAUAUCCAGUUAUUUAGCAAUGGCGCAACAGGGCUCGGGAGGAAUACCUUUUGAUUUUGACUGAUUGAUACCAUGUAGCAAAGCGAAGCGAAGCGAAGCGCAGCGAGGCAAAGCAAAGCAAAGAAGAGAAAAUGUAGGGAUACUGUAUAAUAUCA